GGUUGGUCACAGCUGCCGGGAAAGCACCUGGGUGGCAGCUCCAAAUGCUCUGGCUCCAUUGAGCCGGCAAACACGCGGAAAUGCUGGUGCCUGCUUUGGCUCUCUAACAAAUCCAUCUUUGUUGGAAGGUUAUCGGGCAUUUACUGAAGCCAACGAUGGAAGCAUGUGUCUGGCCAUGGAGUAUGGAGGAGAAAAAUCUCUUGCGGACUUAAUCGAAGAAAGAAGUGCAGAGCGGUUGGGUCCUUUCCCUGCUGCCACGAUUUUCAAAGUUGCCUUGAGCAUGGCGCGGGGGCUGAAGUACCUGCACAACGACAAGAAGCUGCUCCACGGAGAUAUCAAGUCUUCAAACGUGGUCGUUAAAGGCGACUUUGAAGCCAUCAAGAUCUGCGAUGUGGGAGUGUCCCUGCCCCUGGAUGAGAACAUGACCGUGAGUGAGCCGGAGAUGUACUACAUCGGCACUGAGCCCUGGAAGCCCAAGGAAGCGCUGCAGGAUAACGGCGUGAUCACCGACAAGGCCGACAUCUUCCCUUUUGGGCUGACUCUCUGGGAAAUGAUGACCCUCUCUGUGCCCCACCUCAACCUGGGUGAUGAGCCUGAUGACGAAGAUGAAUCUUUUGAUGAAGACUGCUUUGACGAGGAAGCAUACUACACAGCCUUGGGAACCCGUCCGGCCCUCAACAUGGAGGAACUGGACCCAUCCUACCAGUACAUGAUUGACCUCUUUUCUGUCUGCACCAGCGAGGACCCCAAGAAGCGUCCCUCGGCUGCGUGCAUCGUGGAAGCCCUGGAGGCAAGUCUGUCCCAGAAGUAA